AAAAAUGCUCCAUUUCGAAAGGAGUCCAAUAUCAAUCAAGCGGAUAAGAACUCUUCUAACAUUGACUUUGACCGAGUUUCAAGGUCAGCAUUGGUGCCUGAUAUGGCGUCCGCAAGGCUGGCCUUGCUUAAGCGAGAGGGUAGGCCCAUUUUUCGUAGGAAUCCUCGUAUAUUUCCUCCUGCUAAAAGCAAGCUGUUGCGCGUUAGAGAGCCUCGCGUUCGUGAUCCUGUCGAGACUGAGUUGUUGAACAAGUGGUGGUCUGAUUAUAGGCGUCAGAUGGCUGCAAUCGUAGAUGCAUUGAGGUACUGCUUUGAGUCCAAAGGCGACAGAGAUUCGGAUCCAUAUCGUGUGAAUGAAAAGGUCUUCGAUGAAGAACUGAUUGCCAUUAACGAACGAUGGAACGCUCAAACUAAGCUGGCUCGCGAGCAUUAUUAUUUUGAAGACUUUAAUCGGAAAAUUGCCAAGCUUCUAGAGAAGCGCGAAAAAUAUGACGCAGAGGCUGUUAAGCGCAUGGAAGCAUUGAGGGCGAAGACCUUAUCGAUGGAGGGUCAGUGCAAGGGAAUAGUAACACGUGAAAAUAUUGAUGAGCGUCUUGAGGAAAUUAUGUCUUCGCCCAUUGUCCAGUUUAAUUACGCUGUUUCCGAACGGGGAACAAUUGUCCAUCCAAAAAGUUCCGGUGAUCCUCCCCUGUAA